AUGGGUGGCUGCAGUGGUAAAAAUAACCCUAAAAUGAAGAUUUACAUAGAGCAUUCUACAGAAUAGAAUAUUAUAGAGGCUUAUAAUUUAACAAAUUUGUAGAUUAACUAGUAAUUAAAGAUUUAAGUUUCUGAGUAAAUCAAAUCAAAUCAAAGCAAUAUAUUUACAGUAUAUGUUAUCAACCCUGGUCAUAACCGCGAGUAAGUUUGGAGCAUAUAAUAAGGUGAUGAGUUAAUUAGUUAAUAUAAUAUAAAGGAUUUGAUUGAGAAAAUAAAAGAUUUAUCAUAAAAAUGA